AUGACGGUGUUCGAGUUCAACAACUACUACAUAGUACGGCUCCUGUCGCACACGCUCCAAGCCCUCGGCGCCUCAGUGGGCGCCCACCCGUGGCCCUUCCUGCUGCUGCCCGUGAUGCUCUCGGGCGCCUUGAGCCCCGGGUUCAUGUACCUAAGCAACCGCGAGAACAACGACCUCGAAACCCAGUACACGCCGAUUUGGGGCCCCGCCAAGACCGAGCGGCUCUACGUCCAGACGAACUUCCCGACGGACGACGCCCAGCGCUUCUCCGCUGCGAGACUGAUCAGCCAAGGCAAAUAUGCCACGGUCUUGGCCGCAACUGCUGGAGACAGCGACUCGCUGCUCACCCGAGCGGCUUUCGCCGAGCUGCUGGCGCUGGACACGGCGGUGCGAGCGCUCAACGCCACCGGCCCCGCCGCCACGCAGCUCUCGUACGACGCGCUUUGCGCGCGCAACAACGGCACCUGCAGCAGCCCCAACCCGCUGCUCAGCGCCGUGCAGGGCGACCCGGCGCGCAUCGAGACGCUGCUCGCGGCCCUCACCUUCCCGCUCUUCCAAGGCCGCGUCUUCCUGGGCCCCUUCCUGGGGGGCGUCGCUCUGGGCCCCGGAGCCGGGCCGGCGCGCCCCGUGCGGAAAGCCAAAGCGCUGCGCCUCAUCUACUUCUUGCAGGAGGACGAAGCGUCGCAGCGGGAGGCCAGCGAGCUCUGGCUGCAGGCCUUCCUGGAGCGCAUCCCGGGCAUCCUGGAGACCUUGAACCUCAGCUCCGUCCGGGUAGCCUAUUUUACCUCAAUAUCUAGACAAAAAGAAUUUGAAAAACUUGCCCAGACUGUGAUGCCAUUAGUUUCCAUCUCUUAUGUAUUAACAAUAGUCGUUUCAGUUAUAUCAUGUACAAGGCUAGACAAUGUACGAACAAAAGUAUGGGUCGCUACUUGUGGGGUGUUGUCAGCAGGUUUAUCUAUAGUCAGCAGUUUUGGAUUAUUGUUGUUUUGUGGGGCACCCUUUGUUAUCACAGCUGCCAAUUCACCAUUCCUUAUACUAGGAAUUGGUGUUGAUGACAUGUUCAUCCUGGUGUCCUGCUGGCAGCAUACAAAAGUGAAGAACAAAGUUGAAGAUCGCAUGAGUGAAGCCUAUGCAGAGGCAGCUGUCUCAGUAACUAUCACCACGCUUACUGAUGUUUUAGUCUUCUACAUCGGAAUUGCAACAUCCUUCCCAUCAGUCCAGUCAUUUUGCCUUUACACAGGAACAGCCUUCAUCUUCUGCUACAUAUACAACCUGACAUUUCUUGGGGCUGUUCUUGCUCUGAAUGGUAGAAGAGAAGAAGGCAACAGGCACUGGCUCACAUUAAGGAAAGUCAAACAAGGUCCUCAGGAUUCCCAAGGCUGCAUGUAUAAUUGGUGCUGUGCAGGCGGAUCUUAUGAUGAGUCUACUGGGACAGAACCUGAGCAUCCCAUGAAUGAGCUGUUUAGAAAGCGUUACGGUCCCUUCCUUAUGCGGAAAUGGACCAAGGUGUUUGUGGUAGUCCUGUAUUUCUUGUAUUUGACUAGUAGUAUAUAUGGGACUGUUUAUGUUAAGGAAGGUAUAGAUCUUCGAAAUGUAGCUGUAGAUGAUUCCUACAUUGUUCCAUAUUAUGACUUGGAAGAUCAGUUUUUUUUAGACUAUGGUCCAAGAAUUAUGGUAAUUGUUACUGAAAGUGUAGCGUAUUGGAAUUCUUCUGUUCGUGCAGAUAUUGAGAACUGCAUGGAAGAAUUAGAACGCUCAUUCUAUGUGAUCAAGAAUUUCUCAGAGUCAUGGCUGAGAAAUUAUGAAGCUUUUGCCAAACGCACAUCUCUAAAUAUAGAUGACCGUAAAGUAUUUCUUGAAAAUUUAGCUACCCUGUUUACAGCAAAUCCAGAAUCUGCAAUGGAUAUUAACUUGAGUGAUACAGAAAUAUCAGCCUCACGGUUUUUUAUACAGACGAUAAAUGUUAUUACUGCCGUGGAUGAGAAAAAUCUCUUAAAUGAACUGAGAGGCAUUGCUGAAGAUUGCAAGGUAUCACUGAUGGUUUAUCACCCAGCUUUUAUAUUUUUUGAUCAGUUCCUUGUGAUAGUCCAUAACACCGUUCAGAAUGUUGUGAUUGCUACCACAGUCAUGUUAGUUAUUUCCUUGCUGCUUAUUCCAAACCCUCUCUGUUCUUUGUGGGUAACUUUUGCCAUUGCAUCUGUUGUUGUUGGUGUGUCUGGUUACAUGGCCUAUUGGGAUAUCAAUCUUGACUCCAUAUCCAUGAUCAACCUGGUAAUUUGUAUAGGGUUUUCAGUAGAUUACUCUGCUCAUAUUUCAUACGCCUUUGUUUCCAGUGAGAAACCCAAAGUGAAUGAGAAGGCAGUGGAUGCUCUCUAUCGCCUUGGUUAUCCUGUUGUGCAAAGUGCUCUUUCAACACUUGUGGGAAUUUCUGUGUUGUCAAUGGCACCUACUUAUGCAUUUAGAACCUGUUUUAAGAUCAUGUUUCUGGUAGUCAUGUUUGGGGCUGCUCACGGUCUCAUUUUUAUUCCUGUGUUUUUAACAUUCUUUGACUUUUGUAGAUGA